UCCUCCUAUAUAAGGCUGAACCCGGCCAUCCCUCAUACAGAACCUUCUGACUACUACACAGCACUUGUAACAGAGGACAACUGUGAUAGUCUUGGUGAUCAUGGGACCGUCCUCUGGAUUCCUGCUGCUUCUGAUUGGCAUCACCUUUAUAUCAACACAUGCCAUACCAGUUCUUGACGGUGACGCUGAGUGCCCACCGGAUCAAGUAUAUAAUGAGUGUGGAAGUGCCUGUUACUCUCCAUGUGGCGGUAGGGACCCAGACGUAGAGUGCACCCAGCAGUGUGUCCCUGGAUGUUUCUGUAAGCCUGGAUUCAUGUUUCUGGAGGGGAGUAAUGAGACCAAAUGUGUCCCCUGCAACCCAACCCCUACAGUUCCUGACACGGAGUGCCCACUGGAUCAAGAAUAUGAUAAGUGUAGAAGUGCCUGUUACUCUCCAUGCAGCAACAUAGACCAGAUAUGCACCGACGAGUGUAUCGCUGGAUGUUUCUGUAAGCCUGGAUUCAGGUUUCUGGAGGGGAGUAAGAAAACCAAAUGUGUCCCCUGCAACCCAACCCCUACAGGUACCGAGUGCCCACCGGAUCAAGUAUAUAAUGAGUGUGGAAGUGCCUGUUACUCUCCAUGUACCAAAAGGGACCCAGACCUGAUGUGCACCCAGCAAUGUAUCACUGGAUGUUUCUGUAAGCCUGGAUUCACCUUUCUGGAGGGGAGUAAUGAGACCAAAUGUGUCCCCUGCAACCCAACCCCUACAGUCCCUGACGCCGAGUGCCCACCUGAUCAAGAAUAUGAUGAGUGUAGAAGUGCCUGUUACUCUCCAUGCGGCGAAAUGGAACUAGACCAGAUAUGCACCGACGAAUGUGUCGCUGGAUGUUUCUGUAAGCCUGGAUUCACGUUUCUGGAAGGAAGUAAUAAGACCAAAUGUGUUCCCUGCAACCCAGUCAUUACAGUUCCUCAGGAGUGCCCACCGGAUCAAGUAUAUAACGAGUGUGGAAGUGCCUGUUACUCUCCAUGCGGCAUAAUGAGCCCAGACCUGAUGUGCACCCAGCAAUGUGUCCCAGGAUGCUUCUGUAAGCCUGGAUUCACGUUUCCGGAGUGGGGUGACAAGACCCAAUGUGUCCCCUGCAAGUUUACCCUUAGGGGAUAAAGUGCUGACCCCCCCCCCCCUGAGAACCUCAAGAUUACAGGAAGUGAAGAUAAUGACAGACUCUGAUAGUAGUAGUUGCAUUAAAAGUGUGUAAUUUAGAAAAAUAAAUAUCUAAUGUAUAAA